AUGUCCGCCGCCGUGGCGUGCCUGGACUACUUCGCCGCUGAGUGCUUGGUGUCCAUGUCCGCGGGCGCCGUGGUUCACCGCCGCCCGCAGGACCCCGAGGGCGCGGGCGGAGCCGCAGGCUCGGAGGUGGGUGCGGCGCCGCCGGAGUCCGCUCUGCCGGGUCCGGGGCUACCGGGACCCGCGUCGGUCCCCCCGCUCCCCCAGGUCCCCGCCCCCAGCCCCGGCGCGGGCGGCGCCGCGCCCCACCUGCUGGCUGCAAGCGUCUUGGCUGACUUGCGCGGCGGCUCUGGGGAGGGCUUCGGGGAGAACUCGGGGGAAGCUCUGCGCGCCUCGUCCGGCUCCUCCGGCCCGACCUGGGGCUCCGGCCCGACCCUGGGCUCAGAGCUGGCCCCGGCCAGCAGCGCGGCGGAGAUCUCUGGACCCGCGCACUCCUCCGGCGAGCUCGGGGUCCCCGGAGCGCCAGACGUCCCGGGAGCGCCUGCGGUCCCCGGGGAGGUCCCCGGGGAGGCCCCUGGGGCCGGCCCCGCCCCCGCCACAGGUCCAGUGCCCCGCCGGAGGCCGGUGACACCCGCCGCCAAGCGCCAUCGCUGCCCCUUUCCGGGCUGCAACAAAGCUUAUUACAAGUCUUCGCAUCUGAAGUCCCACCAGCGCACCCACACGGGUGAGCGCCCUUUCUCCUGCGACUGGCUCGACUGCGACAAGAAGUUCACGCGCUCCGACGAGCUGGCCCGCCACUACAGGACGCACACGGGCGAGAAGCGCUUCUCCUGCCCCCUCUGCCCCAAGCAGUUCUCCCGGAGCGACCAUCUGACCAAGCACGCUCGCCGCCACCCGGCCUAUCAUCCCGACAUGAUCGAGUAUCGCGGGCGCCGUCGUACUCCCCGCGUCGACUCGCAACCCACCGGCACGGUGGACAGCUCCGGCUCCGACCCUGGCCAGGCGCCCAGCCUCACCACCUGCCUGUCUGACAGUCAUUGCUGUUAG